UCUCAAUUCUUGGUGGAGCCAGGAGGGGGAACAGCAAAACUGCUGCCUUGGGCUUCCAGAAGGCGGACUUGGAAUAGUUCAGAAGACUAGCAGGGGGAGUCCCCUGGGUUUCUGUGAUUCCGUAAUUCCCAUAUGCAGGAGCUUUCCAGUUGUCCAAGAUCCACAGCUAUGGGCUGUGAAGCAGCUGUGGAGAUGCCCCCAAUGCACUGUUGGACAGAAACGUAUCUAACAGCAAGAGCCAGAAUCCUUCAGCAGAGAGGGCCAGCAGUAAGACCUGGUCAAUCUCUGUCUUGCUCUAGCCUUGAAAGUUACUGCUGCAGCAGGAAUACUGUGGGAGAAAUAUCACAGGGAUGGAGCCCCUACUAUUUUAGUAGGUUUCUAACAUUUGGCAGGGAUGUGAAGAAGUCUCCCAUCUUUGUUUCCCAGAGCUGGGUAUACUGCUGCAAAGACACAUUCUCUAGAGUGCAGGGAUCCCUGGGAUCCCUUGUUGUCACAGUCUCUACUUUGUAAAUCUGGCAUUACAACAUACACUUAGCAUGAACUGCAUUUUGGUAGAUGAUCAUUUUAAUGCAAACUGUGUCAGUAUAAUUGUAGCAAUAGCUGGACAUCUUACAGCAAGACACCUAUGUACUGAGGUUGUACAUAAAAGCUGCACAUGAUCCUCACUCAAAACUUCCCCUGAAAUCUGCUAAGCCAACAGUCAGAAACCAGGCAGAUGACCACAGCAUGAGAUCAAGGCCUUCUGCCAUGAAACAACUGUAUCUGAAUUUCAGCUCAUUCUUCUGUUAUUCUGGCUUCUUUUCUCUGUAGCAGAGAAAAUAAGAUUGUAAAAGCGCACACUUUCUAAACGUUUAAAUAUAUGUUCAAUCCAAACUCAUAACACAGGGCAGCGUUCCUGCAGGGUGAGUGUUAGCCAUAAAGCUUACACUCAUGGGUACUUUUCUAGUUUCUUGGGCAGCUCACUGAUGUUUCAUGUUUUACAUCUGUGGCACAGGUAGAUCGAAGGAUUCAAAUAGAGAAUACAUGCCAUACUUAUUGUAUAUCUUUUUUGUAAAUGGGGAACAUUUUGAGUUUUAAUAAAACAGAGAAAUCAGCACAGAUGGCCAUUUUUCAGUUGGUAUAAAUAUUAACCUAAUCUAUAAAUAUUAAUCCAAUGCUUUCUUUUAUUUCUUUUUUUCUAAAUCCACACACAUUUAGCAGUAACAUCUCUGCUGCUUUGCAGUCAAGCCCUGAUGGCUGUACAUGAGCUUUCAGGGAUAGGGAUGGCCUUUCUGUGUUGUGUUAAAUUCCUGGUUCAGUCAUCUCCUGCUAUAACUGAGCUCCUCAGAUGCCAACACAGCAUGAGACAAAAAUAAAAGCUUCUGAGCACAUUCAACUUUGCUACAGCCACUGCCGAGUUGCGUGCUAUUAGACUCAUUGCAUUGUGCCUUACAUUUAAAAUGUACUUCUGGUCUGCUUAAAUAUGUUAAGAAUUAUCCUGAGGGACCAUAGUAAAAUGUAGUCAUGUUUAUUUGUAAUUGCUACAAAAUGGUUUACAAAAUUGUUAGUGUCUUUUAUUAUGCCUGCUACUGAAGCACUUGCCUGUUAAUUAGAGAAAUUUCAGCUGUCAUAGUUGGCAAUUAUAGCUUCUGUAUCACUGUCUGUUAUGAAUAGUCAAUGAGAGCUGAUUAAUAUGCAUGAGUAGCAGUAUAUAGCGCGCUUUGGAGCCCAGUACGGCAGCCAGAGUGAAGCAGCAGAGGGAGUGUUGUGUACUGCCAGGGAGAGCUGUAAAGAAAAGAGCAGGGUUGCUCUGCAGCGUUCUGUGCGAUACCACUGUGAAGUGCUCCAGGUCAGCCGACCCACCUGGGUGUUUCAAAGGAUACCUGCAUGCAUGCUUGUUAACACAGAUCUCUGUGGCUGCACUGCUGAAUAAGGAAGAUAUUUUCUGCCACUUGUUUAAACAUGGGAUGCAGUUUGUGCACUCUACAGAAGCAAGAAGAACAGUACAAAUUACUGUAUGAAGUUUGUCAGGUCAAUGGGAAGGAUUUAUCUAAAGCAACGCAUGAGCAGGCAGUGGAAGCAUUCAAAACAGCCAAGGAGCCCAUCGUGGUGCAGGUCCUGAGGAGGACUCCACGCACCAAGAUUUUCACUGCUCCUGAGUCUCAGCUGGUGGAUGUGGGCACUCAGACAGAUAUCACUUUUGAACACAUCAUGGCUCUAAGCAAGAUGGGCUCGCCUACCCCACCCGUCUCAGUGCUGGACCCAUACCUCCUACCCGAAGAUCAUCCAUCAGUACAUGAAUACUAUGACCCAAAUGACUACAUGGGAGGAAUCCAUCAAGAAAUGGACCGAGAUGAGUUAGAAUUGGAGGAAGUAGAUUUGCACCGAGUGAACAGCCAGGACAAGCUCGGUCUUACAGUGUGUUACAGAACGGAUGAUGAGGAUGACACUGGUAUUUAUGUGAGCGAGAUCGAUCCCAACAGUAUUGCUGCAAAAGAUGGUCGACUCCGAGAGGGGGAUCGCAUUAUUCAAAUCAAUGGCAUAGAGGUACAGAACCGAGAAGAAGCCGUAGCACUUCUCAGCAGUGAAGAGAGCAAGAAUAUCUCCUUACUUGUUGCAAGACCAGAAAUUCAGCUGGAUGAAGGAUGGAUGGACGAUGACAGAAAUGAUUUUCUGGAUGACUUGCACAUGGACAUGUUAGAGGAGCAGCACCACCAGGCAAUGCAAUUUACUGCCAGCAUGCUUCAGCAGAAGAAGCACGAGGAAGAUGGUGGUACCACUGACACAGCCACUAUUUUAUCUAACCAGCACGAGAAGGACAGUGGCGUAGGGCGCACAGACGACAGCACUCGGAACGAUGAGAGCUCUGAGCAAGAAAACAAUGCAGAUGAUCACACCACUUCCUCUAACACUUUAGGGAGCCAGAAGAAGCUGACAUACAGUCAUGACACCCUUGGAAGUGGCGAUAUGCAGUUCAGCAACGAGUCAUUUAUCUCAGCCGACUGCACAGAUGUCGACUUCCUUGGCAUCCCUGUAGAUGAAUGUGAGCGAUUCCGGGAACUGCUGGAACUCAAAUGUCAGGUGAAGUCUGCCAACCCUUACAGCCUGUAUUACCAUACCAGCACUCUGGAUAUGAGCAAAAGUGACCAAGAAAGUGUUGACAAAGAGCUGGAGAUGCUGAAUGAGGAGCUGCGCAAUAUUGAGCUAGAGUGCCUGAACAUUGUGAGAGCUCAUAAAAUGCAGCAGCUGAAGGAUCAGUACCGAGAGCCCUGGAUGCUGCAUAACAGUGGAUUCCGCAACUACAACACAAGCAUCGAUGUUCGCAGGCAUGAGCUCUCAGACAUUACAGAGCUCCCAGAGAAGUCUGACAAGGAUAGCUCGAGUGCAUACAAUACGGGUGAAAGCUGCCGAAGCACUCCGCUCACACUCGAGAUUUCUCCUGACAACUCCUUGCGUAGAACUGCAGAAGGCAUCAACUGUCAAGGUAAUGAGGGAGCAGUGGCAUAUAAUGUCUCCCAAAAGAAUUUAUUUGCUGGCUCAGAAAGUCAUGAAUCCAGCACUGGUAAAUGCCAUUCAGCUGCAAAAGAUCCUGACACUAGCAAACAGAUGGAAUGCAAGGAGAGAAAAGCCAGUGAUGGAAGCAAAAGCCCUACUCAAGGUCAAAAAUCUUCUGGCUCCUAUGUCUCCCCAUACCACCACUCUCCAUAUAAGCAUGCUCAUAUUCCUGCUCAUGCACAGCACUAUCAGAGCUACAUGCAGCUGAUCCAACAGAAAUCAGCAGUGGAAUAUGCACAGAGCCAAAUGAGUCUGGUGAGUAUGUGCAAAGACUUUAGUGCAAGCCAGAAUGAGCCGAGGAUGGAGUGGAAAGUGAAGGUCAGAAGCGAUGGAACCCGCUACAUCACCAAGAGACCAGUCAGGGACAGGUUGCUGAGAGAACGAGCCAUAAAGAUUAAGGAAGAGCGCAGUGGGAUGACUACUGAUGAUGAUGCCAUAAGUGAAAUGAAGAUGGGCCGCUACUGGAGUAAGGAAGAGCGGAAGCAGCAUUUAGUGAAAGCAAAGGAGCAGAGGAAGAGACGUGAGUUUAUGAUGCAGAGCAGGCUGGAUUGUUUAAAGGAACAGCAAGGUGCAGAAGAAAAGAAAGAGAUGAAUAUCAUUGAACUGAGCCACAAAAAAAUGAUGAAGAAAAGAAAUAAAAAAAUAUUUGACAACUGGAUGACAAUCCAGGAACUGCUUACCCAUGGAACAAAGUCACCAGAUGGAACACGAGUGUACAAUUCCUUCCUGUCAGUGACUACUGUAUAAUCAUCAUUGCUAAAUUAUGUACAUAAAACACUACCAUUGGGGUAGAAAUCAAUGCCUCGUUCAAUGUGGCAAGAUUUUUGUAUAUAAGAUACAGUCAUCAAGUUUAUAGUUCAAAUACUGAACUCUACGACUGUGGGUGCCAGAAUCUCCAUUACAAAGUGGAGAGAAAGUUUGCCCACCCCAGCUCCUCCAGAGGCAAUAUUAGCAGUGCUUUUUGGGAUACUGAUUGUACUUUUUUACUUGUUACCUUUUACAUAAAGUGUUUAAAUACCAGAAAUGUAGUAACCAUACUUACACAGGUAAUUUGCUUAAACUAUAUUCAUAUAAAAAGGUACCCAUGCUCUUCUUUGUCUAAAAAGAUGCAAAACCCCACAAGAGCGACUGCACAUAGGUAUUUUUUGUGAAAUCAUAUUUUCUGAUACUAUUCUGCUGUUGGUCAUUUCUACACUGAGUGCUGUUUAUCUAUAUUUAGCUCAAGGUUUAAACUCAGAAUUAUUGAAUUCCUAAUAGAGCCAUUCUCUUGUAAUAUUUAACAUUUAUCAAACAGCAGUUUUUAUAGUUACCAUCAACACUUAAACAUUUUUCUUUCUAAGGUUUCUAAAAAAAGUAUAUAGGUUUCAUCUGAAAAGCCUGAAGCAAAGAGAAGUAUACUGCAGCUUUAAAGAUUUUAAAGCAUGUUUGCAAACGUUGCAACCUCUUGAAAAAAAUGUGCAUGUACAGCUGAUUUGUUUAUAUAAGACAGUUUGUGGAAUUUGAAAAGCCCAUGGUAGUUACCGUUUGCUUUAUAGAUUUGAACGUAUUGAAUUAUAAAAGCUGUUUCAUUAAAUCAUCACUAGCUGCAAAUGUUAACAACUAAAAUGAAGUAAAAUAAAUUAUUGUUUUAUAUUUCAAAUGAUUUUAAAUUUUUUUGACUCCUUUACGGUUGCGCCAUGCUGAGUGUUCUUCCCUACAGCAUAGCUCCCAUGUCUGGGCUGCCGGAGUCAAGCCUAACAGGAAGGACUGGAUCCUGACCUGGUGGAGAUCCAGCACUGAGGUUUUCUUAAGGGGGAGGGAAGAGGCAAGAGAGAAGUAGCAGGAACAUGAAGAGUAAAAUCAAACAGUGCAGAUGUUCUCCUCACAAGGCAUUUAGGAUGACCUGUAAGCAUGAAAAAAAUAGGACUUCCACUCUUCUGUUUUGUUUCAUGGUAUCUUAAUGGUAUAUGAAACUGACCU